GCUCGGAAGCUGCUGACGAAGCCGACACUCCCACUCCUGAGAGCUCCUACAUGAGCACUCCCAGCAGCUCCGACAGCAGCUCCUACUGGCAGCAAAAGAGGGCAGACGAGGAGAGCCUGGAGAAACUGAGGAGUGUUGUGAGUGUGGGAGAUCCUUGGAAGAUCUACCUUGAGUGGACAAAAAUUGACAGCGGGGCUUUCGGAACGGUCUACAGAGUGACCGACACUGCCACAGGAGGAGAGGUGGCCAUAAAGCAAGUUUAUCUCCACAAGCAGCUGAAAAAGGAACAAAUUGUGGAUGAGCUCAUGAUUAUGAGGGACAAUAAACAUCCAAAUCUCGUCAACUAUUUGGACAG